AUGAUGACGUGCCGUCUGCUGUGCGCCCUGUUGGUGCUUGCCCUGUGCUGCCGCCCGUCCGUGUGCGUGGCAGAGACUGAGAAUGGGCCUAUUGCCGCUUCCGUUCCACCGCCCGCUCCACCGCUUCCUCCACCACAGCCAACACCCCCGACGGCCGCCGGUGAGCCAGGAUCGUCCAGUAAUGGGGUCGCUGCAAAGUCGGGAGAUGAUGGUGGAGAGGGACCAGGAUCUACCAGUACGGCAGGUCUGGAACCAAAAGUAAGUACCGAGCCAAAUACAUCACUGACAGAGGGUACGAAAGAGCAACAAAGUCGCACCGAAACAUCCGCAGAAGAAAAAAAUAAGGAGUCUGAAGCCUCUGCUCAGACAACCACCACGACCACCACAACAAAGGCACCAACCACGACGACCACCACUACAACACAGGCACCAAGCACUACGACUACGGAGGCGCCAGCUGUGUCGACCACCCACGCACCGUCACGUCUUCGCGAAAUCGACGGCAGCCUCAGCAGCUCUGCGUGGGUGUGUGCCCCGCUGGUGCUCGCCGCAUCCGCGCUGGCGUACACCACUGUGGGCUGA